UAAUGCUAUUUGGUGGCCUACAUGCCUUUGGAAUCCCCAAUCAUCUCGUAUUCAAAAUACUAAAGCUUGCAAUUGGCUCCCGUUUCAAAAGGCUCCGUGUCAUGGCUCGCAGAGCUCAGGGAACCCGCCAUUCCGCUGGUUGCUCUGUCGGCAUAGCCCACAGUCCUGGAUUUGACAUCUGUCUGCUAGGUGCCUGCAGUUUCCAGGUUUCCCCUUAUGAUGCGCCGACUGAUGGAAUGAAGAACGCCACAAUAGGCUCGCAUACAUCCUGCGAAUCUUUGGCGAAUCUUCCAUUCGGUCGCGACUAGAAGUCACUGGAAGACUCAUCCCUCAUCCGAGAAUACUGCUUGUUCCCUUCAACGUCCAAAGAGGCGUGUAUCCAGGUGGCACCCCAUACAG